GUCAUUGCGCACGACGCGUUGGCGUCAUCGCGCACGACGCGGUGGCGUCACGCGCACUGUCGGACGAGCAGCAGCAGCAGGAGGAGGAGGAGGAACAGCGGCGCGAUGGCGGAGGCGCCGAGCGUGAGGCACCGUAAACACGCGUCCGAGAGCUCGGACGAUGCGUCGAGCCCCAGUACGCCGGAUGGCUCGGACAUGGAGGUGGUGCAGGAGGCGCGGCCCGUGCAAGUCGUGGUGGCGCAGGGCGACCACACCUUCGAGCUGGACGAGGCGGCGCUCGAGCGCAUCCUGCUGCGGCCCGAGGUGCGCAACAAGGAGGUGGUGGUCGUGUCGGUGGCCGGCGCCUUCCGAAAGGGCAAGUCCUUCCUGCUCGACUUCUUGCUGCGCUACAUGUACAGACAGAGCAUGGGCGGGAGCUGGCUGGGCGGGGAGACGGAGCCCCUCACGGGGUUCAGCUGGCGCGGGGGCUCCGAGCGCGAGACGACGGGCAUCCAAGUGUGGAACGAGGUGUUCCUCGUCGACAAGCCCGACGGCAGCCAGGUGGCCGUGCUACUGAUGGACACGCAGGGAACAUUCGACAGCCAGUCGACCAUCCGCGACUCUGCCACCGUCUUCGCCCUCAGCACCAUGACGAGCUCCGUGCAGGUCUAUAACCUGUCCCAAAACAUCCAGGAGGAUGACUUGCAACACCUGCAGCUCUUCACAGAAUAUGGAAAACUUGCCAUGGAGGAAAUCUUUCUGAAGCCCUUUCAGUCACUGGUGCUGCUGGUGCGAGACUGGAGCUUCCCCUACGAGUUCGAGUACGGAAGCGUGGGUGGCACCAAGCUCCUGGAGAAGCGUCUCAAGAUCUCGGAGAAGCAGCACGAGGAGCUGCAGAGCGUGAGGAAGCACAUCCACAGCUGCUUCACGCACAUGGGAUGCUUCCUCAUGCCCCACCCCGGCCUCAACGUGGCCACCAACCCUCACUUUGAUGGGCGUCUUGCCGACAUUGAUCCCGAGUUCAAGAAGCAUCUGCAGGAGCUCGUGCCCAUGCUGCUGUCACCGACCAAUCUCGUCGUCAAGGAGAUUAACGGCUCCAAGAUCACCUGCCGAGGCCUCGUUGAGUACUUCAAGGCGUACAUGAAAAUCUACCAGGGUGAGGAGCUGCCCCACCCCAAGUCAAUGCUGCAGGCCACGGCCGAAGCCAAUAACCUGGCUGCAGUGGCGCUGUCCAAGGACAGCUACGUGAAGGCGAUGGAACAGAUCUGCGGCGGCGACCGCCCGUUCCUGGCGCCGGCCGACUUGGAGCGCAAGCACCAGGAGUACCGGUAUACGGCCGUGGCGCAAUUCACGUCCACCAAGAAGAUGGGCGGCGAGGAGUUCAGCCGCCGCUACCUGGAGCAGCUGGAGGCCGAGCUGGACGAGCUGUUCGCCAACUUUGUCAAGCACAACGAUGGCAAGAACAUCUUCCACUCGGCGCGCACGCCCGCCACGCUCUUCGUGGUCAUGCUCGUGUUCUACGUGGUGUCGGGCCUCACGGGCUUCGUGGGCCUCGACCUCGUCGCGUCGCUCUGCAACAUGGCGGUGGGCGCCGCGCUGAUGGCGCUCUGCGUCUGGGCCUACGUGCGCUACUCGGGCGCCUUCCGUGACGUGGGCGUCUGGAUAGACCGCAUCGCCGAGACCAUCUGGAACCAGGUGUUGUGUUCGCUCUACAGCAUGGCCCUGCAGUGCACGGGCUCCAGCCACGCGCUAUCGUCGCUCGCUCACGGCGGAGUCAAGCGUGCCGCCGCCAAGAAGAGAAAUUAACCCUGACCCUGGCCCCAACCCUCCUGACUCUAACCGCCGUGACAUUUACAGCGCCGCCCCCUCUCGCUCUGCAGUCGCAGCGUUCGGCCCAUUUCCAUCUCAUUCUGCUUGUUUUUUAAAAUAUUAUAUUAUAAAAAAAUUGGUGAACAUUUUCGUUGCACAAGACACCGAGCUCAGAAAGGCUGCCCGCUUAUUUUUCCUACCAGGUGCCUAGAGAGACUGCCAAAACGUCCAAUCUUGACGUCACGCGACCCCAGUGGGCACCGCUGCGUCGAGUGUUUUCACUACUGAGGCUGUCAAGCUCUCGAUGGGACUGGCGUGUGGCCGUCUAACGUUGGGGGCAGUGUUGGAUGGCACGGUCUUCCUCCGCGGGGAGCGUUGUCGAUCCAGAGCAGAGGCUGCGUCGGGAGAGGUCUUUUCUCUUACAAGGCUGAACACUACGACCUCGCUGAGAGGGUGAACACUACAUAUUAUGCUCCUGAAUGCUGAAUGGGUGCUGUUGAUCGCACUGUCUUUACCCAGAGGAAUUAAUGCCGUUUCGUUGCGACCCUGUACGUUUUUUUUGAGGCUUUGAUUCUUAAAAUGACCGCUGUGUUGUCAUCACGCAGGUGGCUGUGAGUGAUUUUUUUCAUAUCAUUGUUGACGUUCAACACAAAGUGGAGCACGAGUAGACCUUUAACGUUGGGCUGCCUCUAGAAGUAAUUUAGUUUUUUGGGAAAGGUUCGGAGGAGGGCAGCAACUUCCACAAACAACACGGGGGUCAUUUUAAUGAAAGUCAAAAGUGGUGUGAAACUGACGGAAUAUCAUAUAGAUAUGGUAAUACAUUGUAACAUCGAUCAUAUUUUUUUGCUUAGGCUUAGUGGACGCGAUUAAGGCUCGGGGAGCUGUACUGCUCCAAAUCUGAACUACAAGUCAGCCUUAAUUUAUCCAAAGUAUGUACCAUUGUUAUUAAGUAUACUGUAUAUAUAGCCAGGUACAAAUCGUGCGAAGAGGGCCUGGGCGAUUGAACACUAAAUUCAGACUCUGGGACGCCGCUACCACGGCCGCCCACGUGACGGUGAACUCUCUCGUGGGUUUGUUUACACCCCAGCUGCUUUGCUGCUCAUUACCAUAACGGUGCCAGGACUGCGUUUGGUGGUGUCCAACCAGCGGCAGUUCGCCUGGCCCUUCGGUAUUAGAUUCGAGGCAGUGUGCAAGCGAAGCAUCGGUCCUUGGCCAAUUAGCCAGUUGUGCAAUGUGAUGUUGAGAGUGAAACGUGCACAGGAGGAACCGGCGAUGGCAUUCAUCAACGGGCUGGCGCUGGUUUAGCUCAGGCACUGGCUAUGUCAUGUUUUGGGAGCUGCUACUCGGCGUGCCCUCGGGCCGUGCGUGCGGUCCCUGAAGCAGCGGCAUGGAUUUGGCUCACGCGGACUCGACUCUCACUCGACUCUCACUCGACUCACGCGGACUCGACUCAAGCUGACUCGGCUCAUGUGGACUCGGCUCACGCGGACUCGACUCGUGUGGACUCGCAAGCUGCGCGUGCUCAGUUCCAAGCCCGUAGCCAAUUGUCAAGCGGGUGUCCGUCUGAUUGGCGAUGCACUCCGGUCCUCACGCAUGGUGUCCGAGCCUGUGGUUAUUAUUCGUGCGGUAGAACUGGCUUCAUAGCAUUCGGGGAGUGUCGUCUUUACUGUCGCUGUGACCACUGUAGAAUUGGCGGGCGAGGGGGGGGGGGGGCUUCGCCAAGCGUAGCCGCACCCCCUCGCUGCUUCAGUGUUACUUGGUAACGUCCGACUGUUGUCCUCAAUAUUAGCUGAUCACUUUUUUAAGUCAAACUUUGCCGCAUGUUAUUACGUAAAUGUUUGGCGAUAUAAGCCUAGGUAUGUCUAUCAUAGUUUCUUGGUCAAAGCCAGCUCUGUUUGAGAAACGGAUGUCUCGUCGGUGUCCUGCUUUGCACCUGAUCAAAUGUUGGCACUGCCUGGUCUUUGAAAUAAUAUCAUCUGCCUUGCCAGAUCAUGUCUGUUGGAAUAAUUCUUAUUUUUCUUCUUCUCUCGCAUCCUCUUCCUGCUGGCGCCGAUUGAGAGAAUGUUUUAAACACAUCGGAGUGCGGUUCCACUGAAGCUGUACAAUGUUUAGUGGUGGAGGGUUGUGGGGUGAGACGGACAGUCUGAAGAGUGUGACUGUGCGGAUGUGCUGAUGUGUGCAAUGCCGUGUUUGACCUCGUGGCUUCUGCAGGUUUCUCUUGCCAAAAAACGCUCUGUCGGCUCUUGCCCGAUGGUGAAAAUAAAAGAAUGUAUAAUAAAUCACGAGCAAGCUGAGCACAGCUCUUGCUGGUUUCACUCCACUGAUGCUCUCGCAUGCCUGUCUCUCUCUGUCUUUCCGUCUCCUUCCCACCGCCGUUCCCUUUCCUACCAUCGCCACGCUCCGGCUUGCACUCCCCCGUGGCUUUGCUGGCCCCGUGUAAACGCGCCCUCCCCGCCGCCCGCAUACUCUGCCUCGCCAUCCGUGCCCUUCCUAAGCUCCGUACCGUGCGACCUGGGUUCAUCUCCGCCCGCCCGCAUACCC